CAUCAUGGUGUCGUAUCGUCGAGAGGCGAACAACGGUUAUUUCGCGAGUAUUUCGUGGAACGUUUGUAUUUCGUCGCGACACGAAAGCAAUUUUUUACGCUUUAGGCACACUCGCAAUUUUUAUUCACACUUAAUAAACGAAUAGUAUAUCAUAGUAUGUAUAGUUGAGACACGAUUAAUGUUAUUUUCGCGGUAAAAGUCCCUCGUCGGUCCGUCGUCGAAACAUGAGGGAUAUCAAGCAGUACUUUAGGAACGGUGCGAAGACCUAUAAGAAAGCCGUUGAUUCCGCGGAGCGUACAGUGGAGGAAGAGGAAGACGUGGCCGACGCUGCGAAGGGUAGUAAUCGCAAACGUAAACGCGUCAAGAUCCGCAUAUCGCGCACCGGCUCGAACGGGAGGACCUGUGAUAUAGUUGAGAGCAAAAACGAUCUGAUCGACAAGACUCCGAGUCCAUUCGCCAAGCUUGGCGCAGCAAUGAGUGGAAAUAAAUCUAGAAAUGUGCGGAAUAUCUCACAAGGUGAGAACGGCGAAACACAUGGAAACAAAUUAGACGAACAGAUCGUUGUGGAUUUGAUUGAUUCAUCCGAUGAUACUCCAAUAAAGAGCGUUCAUGAUGGAGGUCUGGCAAAUGCGAGAUUUUGCGAUGACGAUUCUCAGCGCGAAGAAUCGAAUGCCUUUCAAGUUCUGAUGAGUCGUGGUAAACCGAUACAAUAUAAGACGCCACCGCAACAAUCCGUAGAAGCCGAGUGCCAUGAGAAGUCUAGUGAAGCUAAAGAAUUAAGAUCUAAACGUAAGGAGAAAUUGAUAGCAUUGGCUGAUAAGAAGGGUUACUUAAAGAGGAAACUUACUGACGCGGAAGAAGGUGAGAGAAUAGAAAGGAAUAUAGAGAACCGUAUGAAAAUCUUCAAAAGUAACAAUAACGGGAAGGAUGACGGUGCUGAGUUAUCAAUAAAAAAUAACAAGCAGCUGUCUGGGGGCUUGUUGAAUUAUUUUAGCAAAUCGCCCGUAGAAUUAAGGAACAAGGAAUGUGUGUCUACCAUUAUCGUGAAAGCCGACGUGCACAGAACCGAGACUGCUGACUUCGAACCCGUACCUGUACUUAAGCCGAUCUCGAAUAAGAUUUAUCCCGUUAAGAGGUGCUCGAAGGUCGACUUGAAUCUUUCCAAACUGGACGACAUUCACGUCAUAGAGUCGGAGAAUUUGACUUCUCCACCGACUCUUGUGACCGACAAGCAGGAAAAACGGCAAAAGCCCCGUUGGUCUCUACGCAUAAAACUACAUUCUUCCGAAGACAACGACGGUCAGGACGAUACUACUGACGACGAGCUGUUCUCGCCGAGAAGCAGGUCGAAGUUCGUCCCGGUCGCGAAGUCUCAGACACUCUUGAAUACAUACGUGGAAAACGACAGGAGCCGCUCGAAGAAUCACAACGGACAUAUCAAGGUAAAGGCGCGAGACAAGGAGGAAAACGAGUCGCUCGGCAAGCGGAAAGCUAGCGUUCCGGCGAACGUCGUCGAGGGUCCCGAUACACCUCUUGUGAUACGGUCAGAGGAAGCUGGCAAAGUGGAGAAGACGUUCAACGGCGCGCACGAGACGGUCAUGACCGACGAUUCCGAGUGCGAGAUCAUCAAUGAGUGCGUGUCGGGGAAGAAGCCGAACGGGAAGCUGGCACCGUUGUUUACGAAACGGCGUAGAACCGACCCAGCUGUCGUGGCGGCUAAACGCUUGUUCCUGCAGUCGGAUUUGAGCGACCUGGAGAGCAAAGCCACGGACAGGAAGCCGAGCAACGUCACACUCACGUUACCAUUCCCCGUCAUCAGCCACGUCGCCCAGUUGGAGAGUGGCUCCUCUUCGAGCAGGUCGGAGAUCGAGCAUAAGUUUCCUAUGAAAGCCGAGAAGAAGUACCUGCCUUCGGUGAACAUCGACGAGUACAGGUGCAUUACUAAUUACAACGAGGCGGUCUCCGGGGCGACCGUUUCAGUCGACAAGCCCGUGAAGGGGAGUUUCGAGGAAGUGCUGUCGGAGAUGGAGGAACGUUGCCCGGACGUGCCGGAAAUGUGGAAGACUGUCUCGACGAUCCGAAACAAGACUGAGAAGAAACGAGCGAGAGGAGGAGGCAGGAGAACCAAGUCCCUCGAGCGCAAAGGGUUGACGGGUAGCGUGGAGGCGACGACUCGGUCGCACGAUUGCGUGUGGACGUGCAAGUACAAGCCGAUGAGCGCGCAAGAAGUGGUCGGGAACGAGGAAGCCGCGACUAAGCUGAAGGACUGGCUGAGCGGCUGGCGAAUUACGACGAAGGAGGGCUACAGCAGCGGCGAGGAGUUCUACUCGUCUGACUGCAGCAGCAACCCGUACAAUCACGAGAACAAUCAGACAGCCGUGCUGCUGGGCCCCCACGGCAGCGGGAAAAGCGCGAGCGUCUAUGCGGUGGCGGAGGAGCUCGGCUACAGCGUGCUCGAGGUGAACGCGUCCUCCAGACGGACCGGCAAGAGGAUCCUGAAGGAGCUGGAGGAGGCGACCAAGUCGCACAGAAUCAAGAAGAACAAGCACGGGUCUUCGUUCGAGCGAGCUGCUGAAGAGAACGAGGCCCCGGAGAUAUCGCAGAACUCACUGAUCCUCCUGGAGGACAUCGACCUCAUCUUCGAGGAGGACGAGGGCUUCGUCUCGGCGGCCUAUCAGCUGGCCUCGAACACGAAGAGGCCGAUCGUUAUGACGUGCCGGGACAUAUGCCCGCACCUGAGCAGAAUGGCGUCGCAGCAGAACAAGAUCUAUUUCCGGCAGGUGAACGGCAGCAGAGCGUCCGCCCUCUUGGAGUUAAUCGCACUGGCGGAGACCGGUCACCGGCUGUCGCACGAUUGCCUAAUGAAAUUAUUACAAACGGGCGAUCUGCGGAAGGCGCUGCUGCAAUUGCAAUACCUGCUGCUGUCCGGUCCGCCCGUGUUAUCCGAGCAAUCCGCAACCGCGAGGUCGUCGCUUUGGCAAGACAUGCAACGUUAUUUGUACAAGCCCGCGAUCAAACUGAGCAAGAAGCACAAGGCUAAGAAGGACAGGAGUGGCGAUAAACCGAACGAGCAGAUGGGAGACGAUCCGGCGCGCAUAUUGAGCGGUUUAGCGAGCGACUUGGACGGUUUGUCCUUGGUGUCGUCUCUGAUAGACGUGGACGACGUGGUUUUGAAUCCGCCGAAGGCGAGCGUACAGCCCAACCUGUCCCUGGCCGAGAACCUGUCGCUGUACUCCGCGUCGCGGCGCUCCAUCGCGGACAUCGCGAGUUUCAUGAGCGAGCGGUUACUGCAGAAGAAGCCCUUGAGCGGAAACGAGAGCGCGCCGAGCAAUCCGAACAACGUCGUCCUGCGAAAUCAGUUGAAUCGGGGAGUCGACUUAGCGCUGUCGUACGUCACACCCGCCUGCCUCGACCGGCGGGUGAUGGCGACGGAUUACCUGCCGACCGCGCGAGCGAUCUGCCGCGCCGAGCAGUCCCGCUGCGUCGGCAGUCACAAGCGUGGCAACCGGUUCUUCCACUAUUUGCACGGCCUGAACGUGCCAACCGCGUCGAUGAAGCCGAACAUCCUGGCGGCCGCGUGCCGAACGUUGCAGGAGAAACUUGGCGAAUUUACGUCGGACACAACGAACGUCAAUGUCGAUUGACACUCGGAAGAUACAUUUCUUGGACGUGGGAGGCGCGAGCAGUCUUAUUCUGUCACGAGUCGAUUUCAGCGAGAAUGUACGAGCUCGCGUCUCGUGAGACGUUGUUUAUAUUGAAUUUCAAUUGCAUUUAUCAUCAUUGUUAUGAAAGUCGAAUAUAUAUACAUAUAUAUAUAUAUAUAUAUAUAUAUGUGUCAGUUUUUAAUAUUAUUCGAGUAUCACUUUAUAUCAGUGCCUUCGCUCGUCUUUGUAAUCCAAUUUAUAUGUGAGCCAAGUACAGGUAUACCCGGUGUACGAAAAAUUGGAAAUGAUGCGGGACCAUAUUCCGAGUGACUCACGACGACGUGGAAUGUUAUUCUUGUGACGGGUGAUUUUUACCCUCGCACUUGAUUUUUAUCACCUGUGUAACGUUAAACGCGGCCGUCCGGUGUUGAAUUUUAUCCACUUCGAUGUACAGAGUGGCGUGUGUGUGUGUGUGUGCGCGUGAACAUUUCAGAUGUGAUAGCAUGCAGCGCGACGCGAACACGAAACUUUCAUACACUGCUGUUGUCUAUACAC